AUGCUCAUCAUCUUCAGUCAUGGAGCCGUUAUUCUCUGGAUGAUCCUGGUUCUGGUACCUCAGGUCUCAGUCAGCAGUGAGACGGUCGUCCAGGCUUAUAUCAAAGAUAAUGUCCUGCUGCCCUGCAGCUAUGACGGCACUCUGUCCGACUCCGACUCUGUCACCGUCUCCUGGAGGGACAAAGAUGACAAGAAUGUCCUGGACAUUAAAAAGAACUCCCCGGAUGUUGAAGAACAACACGAGAACUUUAAGAAUCGGGUGAAAAGUUUCUCUGAUCAGUACAUGAAGGGAAACUUCUCCAUCAUCCUGCAGGACGUCAAACAGGAAGACGCCGGUGUCUACGAGUGUAACAUCCGGAUUGGAAAGAGACCGAAGCCACGUGUCAGACUCAACGUCACAGGUGAUCGUCCUAAAGCAGCAACGACUCCUCCAGGACCACCAGGAGGCGCCGCUGCAGUGACACAAACCUCCAUCCAGCUGCUGCUCUGUCUCUGCUGCUCACUCAGUCUCUCAGUGCUGCUUUGAAUGAAGAGUUGUAAAAGCAUAG